UGUUUGCCAUCCUCCCACUCCCACCCGUCUCCGCUUCCGUUUCCCCAAAGAAUGGCCAUUGCUUAUCGUUCGCCACCGCCCUGCUUAUCGUGCGCCAUACCCUCGGCGAGGGGUCCGGUCGCGUCCGCCUCGCCGUUCCUAGACGACCCCCGGCGCCAGAGUCUGCUGCCGCGUCGGCUCGGUGGAUCGAGGGGGCCGGGGGCUCGAAACCCCUCGAACUUUUCCUCCGUCCCUGUGUCGAGGCGGCGGCGACGGCGGUGGCAGAGCUUGCGCGGCGGCAAGGUGGUAGUUUGUGUGUCUUCAGAUGCUCCUGAAACAAUAACCGCAUCUGCCUGGGACGUUUCUGUUCUUCAAAGUGAUUUGCCCGUUCUUGUUGAGUUUUGGGCUUCGUGGUGUGGACCAUGCAAGAUGGUUCACCGUUUGCUCGACGAAAUAGCACGAGAAUAUGCUGGAAGAAUUAAACUUUACAAGCUCAAUACCGAUGACGAUCCGCAGGUUGCUACUGUUCAUGGCAUCGAUCGAAUUCCCACAGUUCUGCUAUUCAAGAAUGGUGAAAAGCUCAAGAGCAUAACCGGUACUCUGCCCAAGUCCGUAUAUGUGGAAGCCAUCGAGCAGUUAUUAUGACACUGAGGGAGCUACUUCUCCGGAAUCUCAGUUCUAUUCGUCUGGAAUUGUAUUUCUUAACUGCUGCACUCGAGUGCAAAAGCUGGAUGGUCGAAGCAGGUUUUGGUCCGAAAUGAUCUGUUUGUAUAUAUAUUCAUUUUUAUACUUUGCUAGAAAAACUGCAACAUCCAAAAUGUAUGACAAACAAAAAGAAAAGCAGAAAGGAUCACAGUCUAUACACUUACUGGAUCAAAGACAUGGCUAUUUAUUGAGGUCCCUGAAGAAAAAAAAGUAUAAUUCAGAGUAAUCUGAUUCUUUUUCA